CUGAGUCGACAAGCCCAACAAUGCAUAGAGUGAAAAUGCAUGGAAAACCAGAUGUCUGAAAUCUGGCGGUAGUUUUUGUUUUGAAGAGCGCCAAAAGAGUUCAUAUCGCCCGUCUGUCGGCCUCCAUUUUCACACCACUCACAACUCCAAACAACAACAACAAGAAAUGGCAAAGAAAAAAACGGAGGCUGAAGAAUCUUCCACUACUUCCGCCGCUAAUACCAUGAUUCGCGGCAAAGACGGCAGUGCUUUUACCAAAUGCGAAGAAUGCAAGAAGGAUGUGCCGGUGGCUCUUAUAAGUAUGCACAGCUGUAGCUUUGAAGCUAAAAUCAAGAUGAAUUUAGAGGCUCAAGUUGUGGCAAAGCCUGCUGAGCCUAAGAAGAAAUCUGCUGAAAGGAAGAAAUCAACAUCAACAGAACCCAAGGCGAAGAAAGCUAAGAAAGAGAACAAGGGCGACAAUCCUAACAAGCUCAAACGCCCUCCGACCGCCUUCUUCAUCUUCUUGAACGACUUUAGGAAAGCCUUUAAAGAAGCAAAUCCUGAUUCUAAGGAUGUUAAAAGGGUUGCAAAGGAAGGUGGUGAGAAAUGGAAAACUAUGACUGAUGAAGAGAAGAAGCAUUAUAUGGAUAAAGCUACUGAGCUCAAGGCUGAGUAUCAAAAGGCUUUGGAACAAACUAAUGAUGCUGACAAUGAUGAUGAAGGGGUUGCAGAUAAGGGAGAUGGUGAGCAGGAGGAGCAUGAAGUAUCUGAUGAAGAGUAAGAUGAUAUAUAAAAAAAAAAGAUGAUAUAUUUUGUUAAUCACUGUCUCUAGGAUUGUAAAUUUUAGCUGUUCCUUAAGUUGAUAGGUAAUGUGAAAAGUUUGGAUGUUGCUAA